UUACAUUUUUUAAUGAAUGAAAUUGUUUACGUUUUGAUGAAAAAAAAUUCUCGUUGUUUUAAUUAUGUAAUUUAAUUAAGAAUUAAUUUUUUUUUCUUCUUCCAUCUCCUAUGGCUUCGAGAGUUAAUUCUCACUUUAGAAGUGCUCGUUUGAAAAGUAAUUGUGAUACUCUUGGUAUUGUUUCUAAUAAGGAAAAAGCUCUUAGAUUGAAACAACUUGCCAAGAUACUUAAGAAGCAACUGGAAGAUCGGAAUGAAGAAGAUGAUAAAUAUUUAACUGAAAAUUCUCAUCUUAUUCCUUUGGCAGAAUUACGGUUAAAGCGAAAUGUUUUACUUAAAGAGCGAAACGUUGAGAAGGAGGAUACACCCGAAGAAUUGAGAGAAAAAUGUCAACAAUUAGCUGAUAAUAUACGUGAAAGUAAAAGGCUAAUUGUUUACACUGGCGCUGGAAUUAGUACUUCAGCAAACAUACCCGAUUAUCGAGGUCCAAAUGGUGUUUGGAGUCAACUUAAUCGAAACAAAGUUCUGGUUAAUGUUCCUCUUGCAGAUUUAGCUUGUGCUAAGCCAACAUUUACUCAUUUAGCUUUAACAGAGUUACACCAACAUGGAUUAGUUAAACAUGUAGUAUCUCAAAAUUGUGAUGGUUUACAUUUACGAAGUGGAUUUCCAAGUAAAUCAUUAUCUGAAGUCCAUGGUAACAUGUUUCUCGAAAUUUGUAACAAUUGUAAAAAAUUGUAUUGGAGAGAUUUUGAUGUUACAGAGAAAACCUCUUUCCAUAGACAUCGAACUGGUCGAUUUUGUCACAAUUGUCCAGUUGAAAAAGGUUUUCUUGUUGAUACAAUUGUUCAUUUUGGUGAAAAGUCACAUUUUGAUUAUCCAUAUAAUUGGUUACCGGCCAGUAAAAUUGUUGAAUCAACCGACAUGAUACUUUGUCUAGGAACCAGUUUAGCUGUCCUUCGGCGAUAUCCUUGUCUAUGGCCUAAGAAAUCAUCAUCUUCAUCUUCAUCUUCAUCAACCAAUAACAAACUUAAACUGGUUAUAGUUAACCUUCAAUGGACACCAAAAGAUUCACAAUCAACUCUUAAAAUAAAUGGUAAAUGUGAUGAUGUCAUGAAAAUUGUUUGUGAUUUAUUAACAAUCAAGAUACCAGAAUAUAAACAACACGAAGAUCCUUUACUAUCAAUUUCAAUUCCAUUGAAAUUAAAAGAAUCAUCAACACAUAAUCGCUUAAGAUUAACCAAUCUGGCUAAUCAAGAAUCUUCAUCUAAUCAACAAUCAACCUCAACAACUGAAUCCUGUCAACCAGGUUGGUUUGGUAAAGGAUUAAAAUGUAAACGUCGAUUGAAACCAAAUCAAUAAUCACGAACAAUUUAAAUUGUCUCACCAAACAUCCACGACUAUUUUAUGAUAUACAGCCAUCGACUUUAAGUUUGCAAUCACUUUUAAUUUACUUGAUAAUUAGUCAAAUCUAAAUCUAAUCGGAUGACCAUUUGAAACGAUAACACCAGUUGAAUGAGAAGACAUUGAUUAUUAUCAUAUCUUUGGGUUAACUUGAUCUCUCAUUGAUUAUCAUUAUCGUCAUAAUUGUCGCGAGUAAAUUAAAAGUGGUUGCAAACUCAAAGUCGAUGGCUGUAUAUAUUUUUUAAACUCCUUUUCCAACUAAUUUAUUUAUGUAAAAUGUAUUAUACACAAAUUUUAAACCCGAUUAAUGUAAAUAAUCAAAACUAGUAGCAAUUGAAAAUUUGUAAAUCCUCCGACAAUGUUAAUCAACUCAAAUCUCAUCGAGUUAAUUGUGUUGUUUAAGAGGAUUGGAAAUCUUUUAUUUUCAUGUAUGAUAAUUUAAUCCAUCAACAAUUACAUGUUUAUAUCUAGAUUCUUAACUACAUACUGUAUGAUUUACACAAAUUGUAAAAUCACAAUCAAAUAUAAUUGUUAUUAAAAAUAUUUCCAAAUCAAA